CCCAUGGGACCCGAGCGGACGGAGAUGCACAAACGACACGUGUCUGCGGCCCAGGAGGCGCCAGGCCCCGCACAGGCCCCGAGCGCCGCGGGGAACCGAGGCUCCAACGCCUGCUGCUUCUGCUGGUGCUGCUGCUGCAGCUGCUCGUGUCUUACUGUUAGAAAUCAAGAUGAAGAGAGAACAAGAAGAACAUCCCAUGAACUACAAGCAGAGGGUAUUCCAAAUUGUGAGGAAAGCCCUGCUCCUACACUUGAAGAAGUCAACGCCUGGGCGCAGUCAUUUGACAAACUCAUGCUGACCCCGGCCGGCAGGAACGCUUUCCGGGAGUUUCUCCGAACCGAAUUCAGCGAGGAAAACAUGCUCUUCUGGAUGGCCUGUGAGGAGCUGAAACAAGAAUCUAACAAAAGUGUCAUUGAAGAAAAAGCAAGACUUAUUUAUGAGGAUUAUAUUUCUAUCCUUUCUCCGAAAGAGGUCAGCCUGGACUCGAGAGUAAGGGAAGUUAUUAACCGAAACAUGCUGGAACCCUCCCAACAUACCUUUGAUGAUGCACAGCUUCAAAUCUAUACCUUAAUGCACAGGGACUCCUACCCACGGUUUAUGAACUCUGCUAUUUACAAGGACUUGCUUCGGUCCUUAACUGAGAAGUCCAUUGAAGCAUAGGAUUCUUUCUUAAACGUAUUUAUUUGCAAGCAAAUGGAACUCUGGGCUACACCGAUCAACAGGGAAUUUAGAAUUAACCUGAUAUUUACCUGGAAAUAUCUCAGGCAAGUUUUAAUACAGACUGAACGUUUUAAAACUGCACAAGGCUCUGA